CCGACAUCCUAGAGAGUGACAAGAAAAAGAGGCGUGGUAUUCAUUUUAAUUAAUGACUGAUGGAUCUCUCACAGAUCUGUCAAGAAAUUGUAAAAGUGUUACCUGGGGUUAGAUAUCCGUCGAUGAAACGCGGGUAGUUUGAAUUGAAAAAUGAUUGAUGAAUGAUUAAUAAUGUGAUAAAAACUAUGAUUUCCUCUUCAAGUAUUAAAAGGAUUGUACAAAAAUGUUAUUGUUAUCGCACAGCAACGUGCAAUUCAAGGUCGUAUUAAUAACUUAGUAUACAAUAAAUCUUGCCAAUUGUUGGAAUAUUAUCAGAUUCCUUAUAUAAUAGGCGGUAAUAAACUAUAAAAAGUACGUCUUUUUUUAGAAUAGGCUUUCAACGACAGUCAAUAUGAAACGUCCUUUAUUUUGCGUAAAUUAGUCUAUUAUACCGCUUUAAAAUACGGAAAUUAUCUGCUCUAUUAUGCUGAUUUCAGUGCUGUGAUUCGUAAACGGGAAGUAGUAAAUUACAUAUAGCCACACUAAAAUCAGAGCUCUGUGAAUGAAAUAGAUAUGUUCCUAUGCAAGGUUAUCAGUAAAUGCACUUUAAGAUUAUUGUUGAAAUCGCGAUUUCACAGAAAACAAAAGAUUUUCAUCCGUUUACAUUCUACAAGGAGGUUAGAGGAAGCAUACAAAGUUGUAAAAACAAAAUGUCAAUCAAAAAAACUUCCAAAGGAUGUAAAUCCCAGAGCAGUAUUUGCUUGCAACGAACUGGAUUUAAAAGAGGUUAAAGUAUAUGGGUUUGAUUAUGAUUAUACCCUGGCCUGCUACAAACCUUCUUUGGACUAUCUUUUAUACAAUUUGGGAAGACAGACGCUGAUAGAGCAGUACAAGUACCCUCCAGAUAUCAAAAACUUAGAAUACAGACCUGGAUUUGCAGUCAGAGGCUUGCAUUAUGACAUAGAGAAGGGUAUAUUGCUUAAGUUGGACUCCUUUCUUCAAAUCCAGUUUGGAGCAGUGUACAAAGGCCUCACACCAUUAUCAAACGAAGAAGUGUUGCAAAUAUAUAAGAACAGGAUAAUACCAAUAGCUUAUGUGGAAGGACAUACAAAAAAUGCUUCGGACUCUCACACAAAAAUGGUACAACUUGCCGACCUAUUUUCUGUACCUGAGAUGUGCCUCAUUUGCAAUGUAGCUGAUUAUUUUGAGAAAAAACACUUUGAUUACCACCCUGAAAUAUUGUUCAGAGACAUCAAGAGCUCUAUAAGGAAUUCGCACCCUGUAAUGCACAACAUCGUUGCUCAAAACGUGUCCGAAUAUAUUGAAAGAAAUGAUAAAUUGCGGCAGUUUUUUGAUCGAUUAGUACAAGCGAAUAAGAAACUGUUCUUAGUCACCAAUAGUCCAUAUGGAUUUGUAAAUAAAGGAAUGGAAUUCAUGGUAGGAAAGGAUUGGAAGGAAUAUUUUGAUUUAGUCAUAGUGCAAGCUAGGAAGCCCAGAUUUUUCACUGAUCUCUCUAGACCAAUACGUGUAUAUGAUGAAAGGAGUGGCUCACAUAUUUGGGAUAGAGUCACAAAGUUAGAGAAGGGUGUUAUUUAUUAUGAGGGGACCGUGAAACAGUUACAAGAUCUUACGGGCUGGAGAGGACAUCAAGUAUUAUAUUUCGGUGAUCAUCCUUACAGUGAUUUAGCUGACGUCACACUAGAGCAUGGAUGGAGAACUGGAGCUAUCAUAACUGAGCUAACGCAUGAAAUAGCAACAUUGAAUAAUCCAGAGUUCAAAAAGAACGCCAAUUGGUUGCAAAUGCUGACACAGUUGAUUGAAGAUCAUCAAGACUGUGAGGACCCUGAUGAACAGAAGAUUUUGAUGAAGUGGAUGGCCGAACGCGAUAAAUUAAGGAACGACAUCAAAUAUGUUUUCAACGAGCAAUUUGGUAGCGUGUUCCGUACCUACCACAAUCCAACCUACUUUUCUAGGAGAUUAUUUAGGUUCGCGGACAUUUAUACAUCUAACAUUGCGAAUCUUUUAAAUUAUUCUGUCAACCAUACGUUUUAUCCUAGAAGAGGUGUCAUGCCGCACGAGUAUAUAUCUUAUUUUGUAUAGAGUUUCCAAAUAUUGCACAAUACCCCCCCCCCCCCAAAUGACCCUGUAUACAGUAUGCUACCGCUAAUAUCAUACAACUCGAGUUGGCAACAAUGGUUUCAUGCUAUGGUUUGGUAUCCUGAUAAAAUAUGGUCUUAGACGCAUUAGGGAAUUAUUGGACCACUCCAUAAGGCCAGGCACUAAUAGGGCUAGGCAAUAUUUUGACCACUGUGCCUGCCACAAAAGUAAAAAUAAAUUUAUUAAUUUCUUGGUCAGCCACCGCCCUAAGAGUCGUAUAUUGCUCAGUGGCAACUGUCAGCUCAUCAAUUUUUAUAAUUGAAGCCUUUGGUGCAAAAAGGUGUUAAAUCACAUUUUAUAGUUUGGAGAUAAUUGGCCUCAAAGUUUAAAUCCUGACAUUUUUUAUUGAAUAGUGUUAGGACUGCUUUUAUUACUGAAGGUUAUUUUAGACACAUAUAAAAACAUCUCGAAUAGAGAGUUUUGUUAUAAAAAGUAGCUGUUAUCAUCAGAAAUUUGAAAAAGAUUGUUAAAAAUCUGACUUACGUCUUUUUAAAAAACUGUUAUUUGCUUGGUCCGGAAAAUGAAAGUAGCAGACAGGUGUUAAUUCAAUGAUGUUUUUAAAGUAAACAUUGUUCUUUAUUCUUAUUACAAUCUCACAAAAGUCAUAACAAAUAAUCCACACACUGUAACUAAUCGUCUCCUCUUCUUAAAUUUUAACAAAAGCCUCUAAAAUUUGCUGGUAUUAAAGGAAUUUGUUCCUGAGUAUUAUCAAACUUUUUGGCCCCAAUAGGUCAGCUUCUAUCGACAUUCAAUAAUAAUGGUUCAUUUUCUUCUAUCGAGAUUUCGCUGUUGUCUUGUAUCAACAAUAUUCCAAUUUUCCGUUUCAUUAAAAGAGUAUAUGUACUUGGUAACACCAAAUUCUUCAAUCUGGGUCCAUCCUACAUCUCUGAAUUAAAAUUUAUCAUUAGUUGUCGUUUUUUUCCAUCGACCAGUUCAUGUUUUCCUGGAAGUUCUUUAAUAUCAACAAAUUUGUCCGCCAUUCUUAUAAUAUUAUUAAUAUUCUUCCUGGCUUCUGCCAUGAUUGAAAUAUAUUGAUUCGCCGUAUAAAUUAGUUGGUGCUUUCUACAGCUGCAAAAUCUCUAUUAGAGUCCAUGAAGGUAUGUCCUAAUUCAGGGAACUUAUGAUCAAUUUUGUUGAACACUCCAGAGUUUGUUAGGUAGUGCCAUAGGCAGACAAUAUAAAAUUUCUUAUUUUGGCCACCUGCCGAAUCACUUCAUGCAAUCGGAUGAUCGGAAUCCAUGCCUUGAUGCUUGAUAUUCUCCAAAAAGGCCAUAAGUGAGCUGCCUAUCUCUUCAGGACCGCACUUUCCUUGGUCUUCGGUCCAGACGUGGAAAACAUCUUUAUCAUUUGGUUCCUUUGUUUAUAUCAAAUGUAUUCCUAGAUUGUAAAGCCAUACUUGUCGUAAAUAGAAGACUUCGGCACGUGAAGCGUUUUUUGUAAAUCAAAUGUGAGGUAUAUGAUUUUUUCGUUUGUUUUUGCUAUUCCUCGACCAGAUUUUUGUACGUCAAAAGCUUUUUUAUACUUUGCAACAUGUUCCUCAUUCGAUCCUACAUCGCAAACAAUUUUACAUUCUAAACGAAAACGGAAUUAACACUUGAGUUAACACCUUUUUACCUAUAAUGCAAAAGUUAACACGUUUUAAAGUUACAGAUUGAAGUUCUUACUAUAAUAGUUAACACUUUUAUGAAUCUCUCUUUAAGAACUAAGAGUCAUAUUUAGACUCUACCUGGUACCCAACUGGAAACCGCCGCCAAAAGUUUGUAAAUUAAAAUCACAUGGAAAGAUGCGAAUCAAAAUCAAAUAACAAAUACCAUCCAAAACACAACAAUCGAAAAAAUUGAAUUUGAAAGUGUUGACACCUGUGAGGAAUUACAGAGUUAUCAAGAACGUCUUAUAGGGAUUUGGCUGUGAUAGUUUUUACACAAACUGCGCUUGCGAAUAUAUCAACAGUGCAAAAAUACUUCCUGCCACUGAUAGUGCCUGGCUGUCUGAACCUUUCAAUAAUUCCCUAAUAUCAUAUUACUAGUUAUUGAAUAAACACAGGUUCGAAAACACACUUUAAUUUCAUGGCUAGUUUUGUCUGUAAUUCCAUUGCUUUAUGUGUGUGAAUAUUGAAUCAGGAUAUCAUACAUAUUUGACCAACUCCUGUACAUUUCCUUUUUAUUGAAGCAGAAGUUGUAAUUAAAUGUUGCUCCCGAGUCUGUCUCAUAUAACAAAGCACUAUUUUAUCACUGUUGACGUAUUAUUAUUACAGGGUGGACCAUAGUGUACUAUCAUAAAAAAGUUCAAAAAUAGACACAGAAAGGUUUUAUUAAUAAAUCUCAAAUUUUAUAUUUUAUAAUACAUUAAUAGCUUAUAAUUAUUUUUUCAUACACCUUUUUGGUUAUGCUUCUGAAUGUUUAAAGCUUAGAUAUAAAAUGUUUUGUCUUACCCUGCGAGACAUUGAUGUGCUGUAAUGUAUGUAGCAUAAUAGCCUGGAUACCUGCAUUCUAUUUAAAAACGUGAUUAUUCUCAUAGACAUGGGCGCCCAUAUUUCAAAAUUCAAGAAGGGGGAAUCAACCUGUGCUGCAUCUUCAUUCUUAGCGGUUACUGGAGUCGGAUUGUUUAUUUUUUAGAAAUCUUUUUUCUUUAUGGAGGGGGGUGCAUCUCCACAAUUCAGAUCCAGCAAGGUAAUUUUCGCAAAUAUUUUGAAAACAAUACAAAAGCGUACGCGCUACUUGGUACUUAAGAAACGGGUACCAUAAUAGCUACAUUUUAAUUCUCAAGGGGAAACCAGGGGGGGCAUACCCCCCUUGCCUUCCUAACGGGCGCCCCUACUUGAAGACAAGACUUGGGUCUUGUAUCAAUUUUUUCUUUUAAUAAACAUCUUUAAAUGGUGUGUGGGCUCCUGGGAUUUACUGUGAUCUUGUUACAAAAUAUAUAUGUUCUGAUUUAAAAAAAAUGCUUAUAAUGAAUCAUGAAAAACAGUUAUUGUGGAUGUAGACAAUGUUUCCGCUAGUUUUAAGAACUUUAUUACAAUUAUCAUAUUUAUUGAUCAAUCUUUAAACAGGUUUUACUAUGUGCGUGAAAGAAUUUAUUUGGAUCGUAUACACUCAUUAUUUAUAUAUUUGGAUUAAGAUAUUUUUCUGAUGAUUAGGUUCGCAUCUGUAAAUUAACAAUAUCGUGAAACUUACAUUUAAAAUGAUCUGAAAGUGAUAUAUUUAGUCACUUAAUUUGUAAUGGAAAUAACUACAUAAAAACUGAAGUCUAGAAACCUAGUAUCCGUUUUGGACACAUUGGUAUAAUCAAAGUAAAGCAAAUUAAUUUCAAAUGAAAAAGCCAGUUUUUUCAACUGUUAAGUUAUUUUUGCGUAUUCUUUAGACUGGCUUCAGGAUUAGCUUCUUUAAGACUGAACACAAACCAUCACGACAUUAAGAAUAUGCCAAAUAGAAGUAAAUAAUUGAAUUAAUAUAUCAUCAUAUAGCAUAUAGGGUCGUUUCAUGUACAUUAUGACAUAGUGUGAAACAGAACUAUUAGUUUUUGGUAGCUAUACAGUUCCUCCAUUUUUUUAAAACAUUAUUCAAAUUCAGAAUUGAGAAGUGAUUUGCCAUUCCAAGUUUAAAUUUUAAUGAGAUUCGACAUCAACAGUUAUCUAUUUUACUCUAUGUGUGAUACCAAGAUGUUGAAACGGUAAUUUGGGCCUCUAAUUGGGAACCCUACUUUCAAUAUUUUAAUUUCCAUAUACAGUUGGUUGUAAAAUACCUUGAAAGAAAUGUUUAUAAUAAAUAAAUUUUAUACCGUAAA